AUGGUGCAGUGCUUGUGUCAGCCGCCUGUGCGCCCCUCGGUGCCGGGGGCGCGUCUGCAACCUCGGCACGGCGCUCGCUCGGUAUGCCAGCUGCGUGCCCGUGCGGGGGCGUUCGCUCAGCGGGCGCCUUUCGCACGGACUCGCCGGUGGCAGACGUGCGAUCCGAGGGGCCUUGUGUGCGUGAGAGCGGAGGACGAGGACGCGGCGGACCCGGAGGCGCUUGCGAGGGUUGAGCAGGAGCUGAGGGGCACGUGCGCGUUCGUGGUGGACAAAUUCAUCAGCGACGGGAUGGUCGUGGCGUUCGGCGACGGCAUGCUGUCGGCCUUCGCGAUGGAGUACCUCGCCGGCAAGAUCGAGGCCAAGGAGCUGAAGGAUGUCCAGGCGGUGCCCGCUACAGCGUCGGCAGCCGCGGAAGCGGCCCUCCACGGCCUGCGCUUGGCGAUGCCUGGCGACUUCGAGAAGUACGACUUGUUCAUUCAGGAGGUCGACGAGGUCGAUCGGCACAAUCUCGCGGUCAUUGUGGGGCGGAGCAGCCAGCCGCGCCAACCGGAGCUCAUGAAGCACCGUCUGGCGGCGCUCAAGGCCGACAAGAUGAUCGCGCUCGUGCAGGCACGUCGUCUACGCCCAACAGCAACCUGCGCACGCCGCGAACACGCGCCAAGAACACUGAAAUAUGUAUUUACAUAG